GGGAAGGCACAUGAUGGAAACUCACAUUGAACGGGCCGAGAACGUGAACUGGGCUCCCUCGAUCCUUGCCUGAUCUCAAGGGCUGCCUUGGCGCUCUCUCUCCGAUUCCCACAUAUUAGGGGACGUGUCCAAGUUCAAGAAGAGCCGGGCCCCACACCAGAAGCUCUGAGCAAGAAGUCAAAAUGACUAACAAAGCGGGGAGGCGUUGGAAAGAGAAGUUGGUCCUGCACAGCCACCCGGCGAAGGAGGGUCUCUCGGAAUUCCUGGGCACCUUCAUACUCAUAGCCAUGGGGUGUGGGUGUGUCGCACAAUCGGUCCUAAGCAAAGGGGUCUUUGGAGGACCACCAGUGAUAUCCGUGGGGUUCGCCAUGGCCGUCACCAUCGCCAUCUACGUCUCCGGAGGCGUCUCUGGUGGACACAUCAACCCCGCCAUUACGUUUGCCAUGUGCCUGACUGGGAAAAUGAAAUGGAUCAAAUUCCCCAUUUAUGUGGCUGCACAAUUUCUUGGCGCAUUUGUGGGAGCAGCUGUUGUCUUUGGGAUCAACUAUGAUGCAUUGAUGUUUCACACUGGGGGAGUGCUCACCGUCGAAGGACCAAAUGCAACAGCACAUAUUUUUGCAACCUACCCAUCACCAUUUCUGUCCCUGGCAAAUGGAUUUGCAGAUCAGGUGAUGUCAACAGCCAUCCUCCUGCUGGGCAUCUUUGCCAUCUUCGACAAGGAUAACCUGGGCAUCCCGAAAGGGCUGGAGCCCAUCGGCAUCGGCCUCCUCAUCAUUUUACUGGCGUCUUCCAUGGGCUUGAACUGCGGCUGCGCCAUGAACCCGGCGAGAGAUCUGAGCCCUCGCCUCUUCACCUACAUGGCUGGAUGGGGGCCAGAAGUCUUCACGGCCUACAACCACUUCUGGUGGAUCCCAGUUCUUGGCCCCAUGGUGGGUGCCGCUCUUGGGGCUGCUGUCUACAUGCUGUUCAUUGAGCUUCACCACAGCCACCCGCAGCCACAGCAGAACAACGCCAAAGGCGAGAAAUACAUCCUGACCAACCUUGAGGAAGAGCGAAGCCACCCACACCUUUAAGAGCAGGCGGAAAUGCAUCCGGAGCAGCCACGACAUGGGUCACACCAAAGUCAAGCAUUUGGGAGAUGGGUUGUGGCAGACGGAAAUUGGGAAACUGACACACACUCUUGGGAAGGCAGAGUACAAUCCUUUCGUGCAUCUGGGGUCAAAUGGUCUUCUUGGGUGGAAAGGGAGAGUCACCAGGUCUGCUAAUGCACCCCAUGCCAUUUAAAUCAGGUCUCCUAAUUAAGCACCCGUGGGUGAGGUUGGUCUCAACACGCCCCAGACACAGGGUGCAAAUCGUCCCCCGGUGUCACAGGGCUGCCAGUCUCCCCCACCCCACCUCCCUGUUGAAAAGGUGAUCUUUUAGAGCGGCCUCUUUAGAAGUGUGCCCCUGAAUGAGAAAGCCCUAAUUGGAGUCCAGCUCUUUGUACUUGAAACCUGGGCAUUAGCCAAACCUCUACCAAAUGGCCACCAAUUCAGAAGGGUUGAAAGGGGGACGAGGCACAAGGGUGGGGCAUACGCCAGUGCCAUUCAGCAUGACAUCUAGAUGGAACAGCUGUGGUCAGGAGCAGUCUACCUCUGAAUAAAUGGGUGCUAGGGAGCAGGAUUCUGCGACCAUUGGCAAUUGCCCUCUCAGGGUCCCCUCUUACCUGAGUGAGCCUCACGAGAGUCACCACCAAAGAGGAGCAUAGGAAGUUGCCGUAUAGACCCUUGGUCCAUCUAGCUCAGUGCUGUCUACCCAGACUGGCAGCAGCUUCUCCAAGGUUGCAGGCAGGAGUCUCUCUCAGCCCUAUCUGGGAUAUGCUGCCAGGGAGGGAACUGGGAACCUUCUGAUGCUCUUCCCAGUGUGGCUCCAUCAUCCCCUGCUACCACCAGACCAGCUGUCUUCUCUACACAUAGGCUAUGGGCAAAGAAGUGGUCUCAGGCAUCAGAAGUGGGUCCUUUUAAGGACCCUGAGCUCCUGACCUGCUGCCCCAAAAUGCUGAUCCAGUGAGGCAAUUACAUCAUAACACCUGCCUCAGUGUUAACAAGAGCUUUGCUGCCUGCAGGCUGGUCAUUCAUCAGGUGGAGCUGUAUGGGCUCAGCCUCCGCAGCUCUACCUGAUGAAUGGCUAACUUGCAGGCAGCAUGGCUCUUGUUAACGCUGGGACAGCCCGGAUGAGAGAGAGAGGACCAACCGGAGCUUCCGGGAACCAGCAGCCCCUGCACCUCCCCAGCAUGUUCGGACAGGCCACUCCUGGUUCUCUUCCCACGGCCUCUCAGUACAACGGAUGGAUGAGGCAAUGAUGUGGCUUUGGGGUCAGAUUUGGGGCACAAAAGAGGAACAUAUUUCCCCUCAGGAACCUCACUCGGAGGACUCAGCUCAGGUGUACUUUCACCCUGGUUGCCUAAGCUUUAUGCAAUGUAAAAAAAACACCAACACCAACACACACACACACACACACACAAGUUAAAGUAGACUAUCCAUCCCCUGCUGUGCCAUCUUGGGGUACAUCAGCAUCAGAGAAUGCCAUUUGCUCAAAUACAUGCUGCUACGGUAGUAGCAAGUGCUGUCUGAACAUAACAUGUUUGACUCCGUCUACUCAGUGAUGAAAUACAUCUCAGUCCCACCGAAGCAGGCUGAAUUUUGCCAGGUUCUCUUCCUCCAAUGUGUGCACCCCUUCUAGAUUUUUCAGUCUAUAUCAAGGUCUGUAUCAUCCCCCCGCCUCCCAGCUUGUUGGGGUGAAACACUUUCUUUCAGCCUAGCCUACCUCACAGGGUUGUUAUGAGGAUAAAUAUGUGGGUGGAGAAGAGAUGCACCCAAAAGUGGUUCGCCCCAACAAGCCACCCAGUGAACUUCAUGGCGGAAUGGGGACUCGAACCCAGUCUUCCCCGGUCUAAGUCCUGCACUCUGACCACUACACCCCGUGGGCUUCCCCAUCACACCGGCUGGACUGUGGUCUCCCUUCAUGCUAGCAUUAGUUUCUCAGGGGGGAACUGUCCUGCUGUUGCUUUGCAUCUGUCCGUGGCCUGACCCUGACCCUUUUAGGCAGCCUUUCCACCUGCUCUCACACACAGCCACUUAUUCGCCAGCCCACUAUGAACAUGUCUCUGAUUUUGCACUUGCCCAUUUGCAAUUCCUUUGAUGGGAAAAUAAACCUUUUAUAAAGUA